UGGCCGGGGCUCAGCGGCUGGGCAGUGCCCAGAGCUGGGGGUGGGCGCCAUGGUGCUGUGCCCGGUGCUCGGGAAGCUGCUGCAUAAGCGGGUGGUGCUGGCCAGCGCCUCCCCGCGCCGCCAGGAGAUCCUCAACAACGCGGGCCUGCGGUUCGAGGUGGUGCCGUCACGCUUCAAGGAGACCCUGGACAAGGCGUCUUUCCCCACGCCCUACGCCUAUGCGGUGGAGACGGCCAAGCAGAAGGCCCUGGAGGUGGCCCAGCGCCUAUACCAGAAGGACCUCCGGGCCCCGGAUGUGGUCAUCGGAGCCGACACCAUUGUGGCCGUGGGCGGGCUGAUUCUGGAGAAGCCAGUGGACAAGCAGGACGCCUACCGCAUGCUGUCCAGGCUGAACGGGAAGGAGCACAGCGUCUUCACGGGGGUGGUCAUCGUCCACUGCCACAGCUCAGAUGGCCGGCUGGACACGGAGGUGACUGAGUUCUUCGAGGAGACGCGGGUGAAGUUCUCUCAGCUCUCGGAGGACCUGCUUUGGGAUUACAUCAACAGCGGGGAGCCCAUGGACAAAGCCGGCGGCUACGGCAUCCAGGCGCUGGGCGGGAUGCUGGUGGAGCGAGUGCACGGCGACUUCCUCAACGUGGUGGGCUUCCCCCUCAACCACUUCUGCAAGUGUCUGGCCCAGCUCUACCUGCAGCGGGCCCCGGAGGACGCCCCCCAGGCCCCGCCGGACGCCCCCGAGAGCCGUGGCCGCGCGGGAGGGGCCCCCUCGGACGGUGCUGCGCAGGACGGUGGGCCUGGCCGGGCCGCGCAGGAGGCGGAGCGGAACGGGACCCUCGAAGUCCCACCCCCGUACCCCUCCGGCCUCCUGGAACUCAUCGACGGCUUCAAGGCUUCCAAGGCCCUCUUCACAGCCUGCAAGCUUGGCGUGUUCGACUUACUGCACAACGCGGCCCCUCGGACGGCCGAGGCGCUUUCCCGGAAAACCGGGGCCUCCGUGGCGGGCCUGGGGCGGCUGCUGGACGUCUGUGUGGCCCUGGGCGUGCUGGAGAAGACGGAGAAAGGCUACAGCAACUCAGCGUGUGCCAGCCAGCACCUGCGCUCGGAGGGCGAGUACUCGCUACACAGCUACGUCCUGCACACCCUGGAGCACUCCUGGGCCCUCUUUGAGCACCUGGAGGCCGCCGUCCGCACGGGAGCACCGCAGAGCCCCAGCGGGAGGGAGGAGGGAAAGGACGGCUGCUCCUCCCACCCCGAUCACCAGCUGCAGUUCCUUCGUGCCCUGCAUGGGCUCAGCAUGCUGACCGCCCGGCAGGUGGCCCAGGCGCUGGACCUGAGCCCGUACGCCACGGCCUGUGACGUGGGAGGGUGCACCGGCGCCCUGGCCCACGAGCUGGCCCGGGCGUCCCCGCGGCUGACGGUGACGGUGUUCGACCUGCCCGAGGUCAUCCAGCACGCGGCGGCCUUCCUGCCCGCCGGGCCGUGGACGGAGCGAGUCAGCUUCCGAGCCGGCGACUUCUUCCAGGACGCCCUCCCCGGGGCCGACCUCUACGUGCUCUCCCGGGUCCUGCACAACUGGGCCGACGACCGCGUCCACUCGCUGCUGAGCCGCAUUGCUCGGAGCUGCCGGCCAGGCGCUGGCCUCCUGCUGGUGGAGACGCCGCUGGACGAGGAGAAGCGGACAGCGAGGGCCGGCCUGCUCCAGUCCCUGGACGCGCUGACGCGGACCCUGGGGCGCGCGCGGACGCCCUCCGAGUACCGGCUUCUCCUGCGCGCGCACGGCUUCGGGGACGUGCGCGCGCUGCCCGCGGGGGACUCCGUGCUGGCGCUGCUGGCCACCCGGACCGGGGCGUGAGGACCCCUCACACACACCACCCACCCCCACCCACCCGCCACCCCUGGCUGCGGGAUGCUGUUCCUCGCGUCUCGGACGCACGCGCGCGCGUGCAGGGCGCAUUAAAGACUCUGAAUCACGCA